UGGCUCGCAGCAUUUUGCCCAGCAAAAGUGAUUUGGCUCUUAAAGGAUGUCUGGCCGCCAGGAAUCACAGCUUGUCUGCCUAGGGUGGUCAUUGAGGCGGCAAUCUAAUUAUUUGGACAUCAUUGAGAAGCCAUCGGUGCCUGAGGAUGAGUGGGCGAUCAAGUGCUACACCAGCAAUGGUUACUACGGUGAACUCAACUAUGCCCUUCGAGCGGACGACAGCUUUUUGUUGCGGAAGCAUGCCCGCUUGAUCAACUGCCUGCGCCAUUGUGUGCGCUCACACAAUGAGCGCUACAGAGUCUACCGGGGAGUCCAGCUUCCAAGUUCCGAACAUGAGUUCUACCAAGUGGGCAAGCUCUUCCUAUGGCCCGGAUUUACGUCUGCAAGUCGUUCUGAGGUCACGGCCAUGGCCUUUGGGAGCUGGGGCGGUGGCCAGGGCAAUACAGUUCUCUUCAAGAUUGAGCUGGGGCUGAGCUCUGGCUGUACGUACUCACGGGACAUCUCACAUAUGUCGAACUAUCCCAGCGAGCAGGAAGUCCUGCUCUAUUGUUACUCGGGCUUCAAGGUGACCUCGCGGAAAUGGAUAGGCACCCGACUUGACAUCGGACUUGUGCCCCAUGACACGCUUCGAGCGUUGAGAGUUGAGAAGCACUCCUGGAGCCGUGGAGUUGCUUUCUUUCAGAGUCUGAAACCACUUCAAGCGUUCCGAGUCGGUCCAAGUAGGUCGAUCUAGGGCGACAUAGCCCUUGUCCGAGUAGCGCAGGGGAGACAUCGCAUCGUGCACAGUGCCGCUUUGGAUGUCUUCCCGGAGUGUACAGUUCACCCGCGACGCGAGGGGGGGUAUUUUGCGACUGCCGUGUAUAUUGAGAUGCGAGGUUCGAUACUACCAUGUAGUAGUCAUUUUUGUGGCAGUCCGGCCAUUUGAGGGACAGUGUCCAAGACCUUCCCCCAUCUGAGGGUGUCCAAAAGAUCCGGGCUAUGACAGGGGAUGAGGGCUAUGAGGGGCAUCGGAGAUCCUGAUCGCACCGAUCCAAGGACCUGAU